AUGGUCAGAGAUGUCAAGAGGUCAACAAUAAAAACUAUCGUCCUAGUCUGGAUCAGAAUAAUAUCGAUAGUGAUAGGGAAACAAAAUGUACUCGAUCACACACAGCCUUCCAAGGGCCAGACCACCCUCGUUAUCUCCAAUAUAGAGGGAGGACUCGGGGAUGUUAGCUGGGCGGCCAACAUCGGGAAGGAGCUGGAGAGUAUUACAGGGAUACAACCGACGUACUUGUUUGUAGGAAACAUUAAACCGGAGGUCAUCAGGCAUUUGAACAAGAGAAGUGAUCUAGGCGGAGAGCUGCGGAUCAUCCGCAAACCAACUGAAGUGGAUCCGGGCUAUGCCGGAGCGUACGUGUGUGAGGCUGAAAACGGGUCCAUGUAUACGGCCCUUGCUUUGUCGGACAUCGAGUUCAUUGGGGAAAAGUUCGACUGCACUGUCCUAUUCCGCAUGCAAUGGAACUCAACUUAUGGUAUGGACAACCAGCCUACCCGUGUAUGGAAGAGAUUCAUUCCAGUGGAAGAGUAUGGGGAUAUAGCUACAGACGAUAUCCGCAAAGAAGUCCGGAUCUUCUUCCAAGACUACACGAAGAAGUAUCGGACAUCUGUCUUAGAGGCAGACUGUGUGCGCCUGAAUGUAAGCGUAGACGAGUUCUAUAACAAACUAGGAGCUGAUGCCAAAAAGCAAUUCAAUUUAGAGUAUGUUAAACAGUUGGAAAAGAAGAUAGGCAUGGGAGUUCCGUACCACUUCGUUUACUACAACCUGUUUGUCAGGAGGGAGGACUUUGAUGACCUGUGUUUGAUGACCCAAAUCGCUUUGGCACACAUAAUGAACCUACAAGGCCGGGAGAACCAGAGCCCGGACACUCCCAUCACAUUCCUAGUGAACCAAAUCGACCUUUGCAAGAGAGCUGAGAUCUACGAGAACAAACUCUGGGAGAGUAACCUCUGGAUGGAGAAAUGGAAUGGCUUGCCAGAGUCGAAGAGAGACGAGGCAGAUCGCCAGGAGAAAAUUCAGAUGCUUCUAAAGAAAGGUGAUGUCACGAUUGGAAGUGACGGGUUACAGCAAAUUCGUCUCUUAAACACCAAAAGAACAGCCCGACUGGUGCCCUACGAAAACCUCUCGCCUGAAGCUUUCGAGUAUUUCCUGCUGAAGAGCGAGCUAGUCGCGGGUUGUACAGGAGACAUGUCUUUUACACAGGUCAUAUCGUCCAAACGAAUUCCUGUGUACGAGUGUCUCACCCAUAAGCAGAGAUUCUACAAUUAUGCUCUGAACGCUCCUUGGAUAGAGACGUUGGAAAAGAUAGGCGUCCCGGUGGAAAAGGGUUUAGCGGUAUUCCCUGGAAUAGGGAGGGACAGAUCCACUAUCGUUUUGAGUGGAGCGACAACACUGACCGCGAAGAAUGUAAGGCAGGUGUAUCCUAUCUUCCGCGCAAAGUUGCAACAGAACGCCUUCUCGCCAUGGUUCAGGAUGAGGGUGAAAGAAGCACUGAAGACAAAAGAGCCCAAACAAGGCCUGCCCGAGAUGCACCCAGAUAAGUAG